AUGAAAAAUCAUAGGAAACAAAACCGUGUCGUUUCAUGGAGCACGUUCUUUUUGUUCAGCAUCGUUGUUGUCUUGUCUUCCAUUAUCUUCACCUCUCUCAUUUUCUCUUCCACCUAUUCCUCUUACUUCCCAAAAACAGUUUUCAAAUGGCGAAGCCCGCCGCCGCCAGAAAUCACAAUCCGAGAAACCGUUACGCUUCCCGACCAGGUUUUGAUUUUCCUAAACUACCCUUUGUCUUUUCACCAUCAUACGAAAAAUGAGCUUCAAUGUGUUUACUCAUCGGCUGACUCCGCGCCUCGGCUUCAAGAACCGAUUCAGCUUCACUCUGUUAGGCUUCAUGAACAAAUCGUACGGUGUCCGAUGCCUCCACGUGGCGAGACUGUAUCUGUUCAAAUAAAAUCAAACGGUUCUGUUCAAAUAAAAAACUCAUUUUCAACCCAUAAUUGGGACCCACUGGUUUAUGAAGCUUUGUUUGAUCGUGACAAGACCACAAUAGUAUUUGUAAAAGGUCUAAAUCUUCGACCAGAGAAAUUAGCUGAACCGUCUAGAUUCCAAUGUGUGUACGGUUGGGAUUUCACAAAACCCAAAUUCUUAUUUAAAUCAGAUGUUUUAUCAGCUGCUCAAGAGAUUAUAAGAUGCAAAACACCUAUAACCAUUUUAGCCCAACCUGAUGCUUUUAUUAAAGUAUCUAUUCAAGUUGAAGGUAAAAAAAUAUUUCCCUCCAUCGCAAGGCCCGGGCUUAUCCCAUUGCAAAAAUCAUCAACCCGAAAACCGCACGAGUUAUGCAUAUGCACGAUGCUACGAAACCAAGCCCGGUUCAUCAAAGAAUGGGUAAUCUACCACUCAAAAAUCGGAGUCCAAAGAUGGUUUAUAUACGACAACAACAGCGACGACGACAUAGAAAAUGAGAUUGCUUACUUGCAAGAUGCGGGUUACAACAUCACAUGGCACUUAUGGGCCUGGGUGAAAACACAAGAAGCAGGGUUUGCUCAUUGUGCUUUACGGGCCCGGGCCUCGUGCGAGUGGCUUGGAUUUAUUGACGUCGAUGAGUUCUUCAAUGUGAGGAUAAAAGUAGACUUACGACAUGUCAUUUGGCAUUAUUCAAAGCCCGGAAAAAAUGUAGCUGAAAUAAGAACACCAUGCUAUAGUUUUGGGCCUUCGGGCCUAAAGGAUGUUCCAAGUCAAGGUGUGAUGAUGGGGUACACGUGUCGGUUGGCGGGACGUGAGAGACAUAAGAGUAUUAUCAGACCUGAUGCACUGAAUCAGACCCUUAUUAACGUAGUGCAUCAUUUUCAUCUAACCCCACCGUUUGUGGCCGUUGAUGUGGAGGAUGGUGCGAUGGUGAUUAAUCAUUAUAAAUAUCAAGUAUGGAAAGUGUUCAAAGAUAAAUUUUAUAGAAGGGUUGCAACUUAUGUGGUAGAUUGGCAAAAAGAAGAGAACGUGGGCUCUAAAGAUAGAGCACCUGGUUUAGGGACUAAACCGGUCGAACCGACUGAUUGGUCCAACCGGUAUUGUGAGGUUAAAGACGUGAGUUUGAGAAAUUGGGUUUUGAAGAAUUUUAAGGAUAAAAAGACUCAUCUUUUUCCAUGGCAACGAGAGUUUGAGCCUCAUAUGAGAAAGAGACUAAGAAAAAAAGAAAAAGGAAUUUUAUGA